ACUCGGCUCCUCAGUGUUGAAUGAGACUCGGUGGAAUUAGGUACUCGUCUCUUACGUAAUAUCGGUCUCUGCUACACCAAAAAUUUUUUUUUUUUUAAUUUGAAAACGUUGCUGCUGGUGGCUCGAUCAAUUAAUCCUUUUCUGUUGCAGUGGAAGAAAUCGAGGGAAGAAUGGAAGGAGGACCUGAAAAGAUAAUUGAGGCUGCAGCAAAUGUAGCUGAUGAAGUCGACGAACCCUUGGUUAGCACACUAGACGUCAUGCUGCUGGUCAUGCUAGCAGGCGUUUCAGUUUAUUACUUUUUCAUAAGAAAUAGCAACAAAAAGGAUGACAGCCCAGCACUCAAGAGUUUUACUAUAUCACCUACACAACUUCCUUCAAGAUCGAACGACAGCAGUUUUGUAUCAAAAAUGAAGUCGUCAGGAAGAAAUGUAGUAGUAUUUUAUGGGUCACAGACAGGUACUGCUGAAGAGUUCGCAGGAAGGCUUGCUAAAGAGGCAACUCGAUGGGGUAUGAAGGGAAUGGUUGCAGAUCCAGAAGAAUGUGAUAUGUCUGAAUUAAGUCAGCUAACAGAGAUAGAAAAUCAUCUGGCUGUAUUUUGUAUGGCAACGUAUGGAGAAGGGGAUCCCACUGAUAAUGCUCAAGAAUUCUUUGAGUUUCUGCAGUCAGGUGACGAGGAACUUGAGGGAGUGCAGUAUACGGUAUUUGGUUUAGGGAAUAAGACAUAUGAACAUUUCAAUGCCAUGGCAAAGUAUGUCGACAAGCGAAUGGCAGAACUAGGUGCUAAGAGAGUCUAUGAAUUAGGAAUGGGAGAUGAUGAUGCCAAUAUGGAAGAUGAUUUCAUUACUUGGAAAGAUGCUAUGUGGCCAGCAGUUUGUGAAUUCUUUGGUAUUGAAGCCCAAGCGCAGGAUAUCAAUAUGCGACAGUACAAACUUACGGUUCACGAGGAAUAUGAUCCCAAUCGUGUUUUCACUGGUGAAAUUGCGCGCUUGAAUUCACUCAAGAUUGGAAGUCAAAGACCUCCAUUUGAUAGCAAGAACCCAUUCAUGGCCGAAAUAAAGGUCAAUAGGGAACUUUUCAGUGGUGGUGAACGCAAUUGUAUGCAUAUUGAGCUUGACAUCGAAGGAUCAAGGAUAAGAUACGACUCUGGCGAUCAUGUUGCUGUUUAUCCUGUCAAUGAUGCUGGCCUUGUUGAUCAGCUUAUCAAACUUACUGGAGAAAAAGGGGAUAAAGUGAUCACACUGACCAAUGUAGAUGAAGAUAGUAGUAAAAAGAACCCAUUCCCGUGUCCCUGUACUUAUCAUACUGCACUGUCCCACUACGUAGAUAUUACAGCGAUACCAAGGACACAUGUAUUGAAGGAAUUGGCAGAAUAUACAACGGAUAAUGCUGAAAAGGAAAAGCUUCUUUUAAUGAGUGGCACAAGUGAAGCGGGAAAAGCUGCUUAUCAGCAGUGGAUUAUCAAUGAUGUAAGAAAUAUCAUCCACAUCUUGGAGGAUUUGCCAUCUUGUAAGCCUCCCCUUGACUAUAUAUGUGAGCUGCUUCCAAGACUCCAAGCUCGUUAUUAUUCUAUAUCAUCAUCAUCUAAGCUGUACCCCACCACCAUUCAUGUGACUGCCAAUGUGCUGAAAUACAAGACUCCGACUGGUAGAACUAAUCAUGGUGUUUGUACUACAUACCUCCACAAUCUUGUACCUGACAAUGGUUUGAAGCAUCAUGUCCCAGUUUUUGUAAGGAAAUCCCAAUUUAGGUUACCAAGUAAGCCACAGACACCAGUUAUCAUGAUAGGACCAGGUACAGGUAUUGCUCCUUUCCGUGGCUUUAUCCAAGAGAGAAAUCUCCAGAAGGAGGAAGGAAAACCAGUGGGGAGGACCAUUCUCUACUUUGGCUGCCGCAACAAAGCUGUUGACUACUUAUAUGAAGAGGAAUUAAAUUCUUACAAGGAUUCUGGGUUAUUAGAGCUUUACACUGCCUUUAGUCGUGAUCAGCCACAGAAGGUAUAUGUGACAAAUCUUAUUGAAGAACAUAUGCAAGAUAUUUGGCAAAUCAUUGGAGAGCAGAAUGGUCAUUUGUAUGUGUGUGGUGAUGCGAAGAGCAUGGCUCGAGAUGUAAAUGCACUUAUUGUCAAAAUAUGUCAAAACGAAGGAAAGAUGGAUCAAGCCCAAGCUGAACUUUUUGUGAAGAAGCUGAUCACGCAAAAGCGUUACUCUUCAGAUGUAUGGAGUUAAUGUGCUGUAAAUAAGCAGUGCUUGUACAUAUGGAAGUAAUUUUUAAUGUGGAUAUUCAAUUUUUAUUUUAUUUUAGAUAACUGUAUUAAUGUAAAGAAAUUUUAAGGCAUCUGCGUAAUGUCAUAAGAUAGAAUGGAACAUAAAAACAAGUUUUGUUUGGUUCAUCUGUCUGGUCAUUAGGAUUUUUAAGUUUGCUUUUUAUACAUGUGCAGUGGUUUUAUAUUCAGAUUCAUAAAUAUUUAUGAUAGUUUUAAAUUUUGUAUUUUUAGAUGUUUUAAGUUACGAAUAAUUGAGCAUAAACAAUUCACUGAUCUUUUAAUAGUUGAUUCAUUUUAUAUUUUAUCAUAGUAAGAUGUGGCUUAUAUUUCAUAUAUCCUAAAGAAUUUUAAGUGUUCACUUUUUAAUUUGCUCUUUGAAAUGAUUGCAGCAUUUAGGUAUUUAGUUCCUGUAAACAAAUCUUUAGUUUUGUUUUUGGCUUGAAAAUCACCAUAAAUAAUUUGUGAUAUGAAUUUAAUUAUUAAAUGAAAUUAUUUUAAAAUACAUUAUUUUUUUCAAUUGUAGAGGUAGUUUUGGCUUCUAGCUAUAAUGUUUAAUAAUUUAAUACACAAUUUUUGUAUAUGCUUUAUUAUUAGAGUUUUAUGGAUUUUAUCUAUUUUUGAAGUAAUUACAGAGAUUUGUUAUAACGUGAGGUCUUAAGAGAAAUUUGCAUACGAGGAGAAAAUGACUAGAUACACUGUCUACAACUUAAGCAUAGAUUGCUAAAGUUGUAGGCCUUUUCCUUCUUUUGUAGUUGUAACUGAAAUCUUGGUGGCAUUUAUGACUUUAAUUUGCUUUACAAGAUUAAACAUUGUCUUCCAUUUUAAAGUACUAAUUGUAUUUAGCAUUUAAAUUCUUUUAGUCAAUUCUUGCAGCUAAUAUUUUAGUCAAGCAAUAAAACAAUUCAUUGGGUAAAUAGCUUCCUGUAUACUUUUAUCAAGUGAGACAAACCAAGCAUUGAAAUAUCACUUGUCAUUAGUUGCCGUAAUGCUACUUUUAACUUUUGCACUUGAUAGAAGGCAGAAAUACUAUGUUAUCACUGCAAAUUUUAUACUUGAUAGAAGACAGAAAUCCCUUUAAUGUUAUCACUGCAUUUUAUUUUAUGUUCAUUAGGUUUAGGUGGCAAUGAAAAUUAGUGUUUAGCAAUAAUGAAGCAAGUCAACUAUUAGGCUUUAUUAAAUGUUUGAGAUAAAUUGCAUGAAAAGUAUAAUACAGGUAGUUUGCUUUGGGGUUAGCUGAAUGAUUUAAUCAGCAGCUGAAUGAUUUAAUCCACAUAUAAGAUAUUUUUGCGAGGUCGAGGUCAAGUGUUGUGGAAGUAGCAUCAAAUUUAUUACAAGCAUGUUUUAAUCACCGUACCUACAGAAAUACUAGUAAAUAAGUUGCAUUAUAGCAAGAAGUGAUGAAAAUUUAUUCCACAUUUGAUCAUUCCACUUAAUCUUAUAAUUUUCAGGCUCAAAUAUGUAUUGUACAAAAAGGGGGCAGCACAAAUAUUUAAUUUAAAAUAUUUUAAUUCCUGGAAAUGGUGUACAGCACUAAGUAAUUGUGCUGUGCCAUAACAUAUUCAAUUUUGCCCAUCUGGGAGCUUAUAAGCUACAUAAGAACGAAGUGGUUAAGCUUUUGGUUACUAUACUUGCCAUUUUUCCAGGUUUUGUAAGCAUUGUAAUUUUAAAUGGUCAAUUGUGUGAUUCUUUGCUAAAGGGUUAUGUAACUAUUCUUGAAACUGUACAAGGUUUUGUUUCAAUAAGUGAUAAAUGUACAAAAUUAUCAGGAUAAAUUAUACACUGUUAUCUGAUAUUUGUAUUACACUCACUUCUGAGCAUACUCACUUGAUAUUCAUAGUCACACACUCAUUAUUUCAUAAAUGGUAUUUAGAGAUUUGGCCUGUUUGGGAUGAUCACUAAGUUUUAAUAAACUACAGUCCUUACUAUCAGUUUGGCAAAUUCUUGGUUUUAACUCAAAGGUUGAGUAAGUUCUAGAAUAACUGUGUAAUUGCUGUAAUUUUUUUGAGACAUUUUGCAUUGAAUGUGUUUAUUGUGACUGGCAAAGUACUUUACUGUUUCAAGAAGUGAUUAUACUUGAUUCUUUUAAUACGCAUUGUUCACAGGAAUUGACCGAUAAAUUCUGGAUCAUUGUCUGGAAGUGGUCAUCCAUGAACCUUAAAUUCACAAUUGGUCCUCUGCUUUUGUAGUCAUUGCUCUCUUGACUUGGGAUUGGGAGAGUGAUUGUAUGUAAUUUUUUGUUUUCCAAUUUAUGACUAUUAUUAAAAUCAUUGUAAAUUUUGUAUUGUGAACAGUAUGGUAGACAUGUUACUAUUAUAUUUUAAAAACAGUAGAACUGUUUAGAUAUAUGUAAAUGAUAAAUUAUGAUAUUAAGGUAAUAUUUAAUUACAAAUAGGUAUAAUGUAUAUGCAUAUACCUUAAAAACCAAAAAGUUCAGGAUUAUGAGAAAGGUGCUAGUAAUUGUUUUAUAUAAUUGGUAUUGAGAGCAGUUAUCACUGCCUGCUUUACUGAUAUUUGAUGUUGGUUAAUGUAAAAAAAAAGUUUUAAUUCCAAUAUCUUUAGUAUGUAAAAUAAAAUUUUAUAUGCAACUUUUGUGGUAGAGAUUGUAUUAAAGAGGCUUUGUUUUUUUAAUUUUUCCUGUUUUAGUAUUUUCAACAUUGAUUGAAAGUUAUUUUCUUUACACUUCAAUAUACUUGUGAUAUGUGGCUAAACUUAUGCAAAAACUAGUAGUAGUUUGUCUAUUAAAUUUAUAUCUUGUACUACCGUACUAUAAAUAUUUUUUGUGUAGACUUGACAUGUAGAUUGAUUAGUCUUUUGUAUACAUUGUGCAACUUUGUAAAGGUUGUAUUGAGUAUAUGUAAAUAACCAUUUUUUUUAUAGUAAAAAAUGUUUUUAUGCAAAUCCAUUAAUCAUAACCUUAAUUUGUGCAAAAUGCAAGCAAAUUCACCAAUUUGAGAAAUGGAAAGAGGCUUAAGUGUGCAUGGACCAGCCAAAUCCAUCCAGGCUGUGUGUUGACCAUAUCUUCAUUAAUUGGCUUGUUAAAAUAUUAUAUUACAAAAAUAGUUAUGUAUCCAUUAAUCAUAAAGCCUUAGUUGCAAUUGAUAGGCGAGAGGAUGAAGCAGACAAGCCUUGAAGAAAAAGGAAGAUGCAAUUCCGGGAUUCCAAUUCCAGGUGUGCAAGAGUUGGUAGUAAUACUUUAGGUAAUGCAUAUUCCACGAUGUACUUUAUUUGCAAUGUUAAAAAUAACCCAAGAGAAUAUUGUCAUCAAACCCUAUGGGGAAGACGCUUCUUGUGUGCCAGAAAUACGAAAUUGCCACAGCGACAGGUCCCAGCCAACACAUACCACAUCCAGUGGUUGUGGUAUCUUGAGAACAUUAUGGGGUUUCCCCUUCAGAAGAUUCUGAUGACCUACCAGAACCAGACAAUCAUUCAGGUAGCAACGAACAUGCAAGCACAGACGAUGUACCUAAGUGGCAACAGAAAGAAUCCAGGUGAAAGGGGCACCCCCGUUACACUGGCUGAAGCGAGGAGUCUGGUAAUUAGCAGAGAACACACCAGCUACUGAACUAGAAUUAAGUGAGCUGAAAAAUGACUAAACAUUUAUGAAAAACUCUUAAUUAAAAAUGACAGGUAAAGCCUGAGCAUGCUGGAAAGACAUUGAAACUGACGUAGCCUAAUAACAAUAACAAAGAGGUGACUCGCUGAUUGUUAGCUGGAAAUCUGAUAGAAUGAACAAACAAUAGUUGUUGAAUGGCACUGAAGAAAAAAAAUAAUGCUCAGAAGUCCUUGGAAGAACAGCAGCAUGUCAGUAAGGUGUGCAGGUGAAUGAGAGAAGUUUGUCAUGGAAUUGCAGGUAAAUGUGCACUUAGGGUUUUCUUUUCCAUUCUUAAGGUUUGUGCAUCUGGCCGUGUUUGCCCAAAUUAAGAAUGCUAAAGCCCGUCCACACACUGCUUGACAUACUGUGUGCAAUGUAACAUCAGAAGCAAAGUCUGAAGUUUUUCUGCUGUAUCUGCUCUUCUAAUGUCAUACUGAGCAAAGCUUGGCCGUGUGGACGGGGCCUAAUGAUUAAUGAGUUUGUAAUAACAAACACCUUGUGCCUGUAUCUAAUCAAAGAAUGUUUGCAAUUAUAGCUGGUACACCAGUUUGUUGCCUAGUCAUAAGUAUGCUUACAAUUAUAUAUUUUGUUGACAGAAGCUACUGUACUCUUAAUCUAUAAACCAUUAAAAAAUAUGGUGUCAGUAAUUCCUUUUUUAAACAUCAAAACUCAAUGUCAGAUUUCAUAGGAUUAUGGCAAAUUUCUAAUUCUAAGUUAAGAUUUAAAAUAAUCCACUUUCUAAACUGAGGAUACUUUAAUUUUUUAAAGUUCUUUGAUAUUGGUGAAAUAAUAAUGGUCAAGCAAAUACUUUUGUAAUAAAUGCAGAGAGGGAUGUAGGUGUCCCAGUAACUUUCUAUAAUGAUUGAUACCAGAAUACUGACAAGUACCGCACUGUGUACCAGGUAUUAAUGCAUCCAGCUGUACAUUAAUUGAAUAUCUUUUAUAAAUAAAAGAUUAUUCUUGCAAACUUUUGCACUUGUGAAACUGCAGUGUAUGAAAUUCAAAGUUGUUCUGAACCUAUUACAGUAUUUUUAAUGAAUAGUUCUGUAUUUACACAUGUCCCAGUAGUUUCAUAGUUCAUAGCAAACCUGUAUUCAUCAGAGAGUUGGAUUGGACAUAAUUAGAAAUUUAAAGUAAAUAGUUUUGUUUAAACAUAAAAACCAUUGCCUUUUUUAGUUUGUGUUACAAAAGUAAUAUCAGGACAGUCUUAAGAAUUUGAAAACUAAAGCACUUUGUGAUUCCAAUUGAGUGAGAGUAAGGUUGCUAUCUUCUCGUUAAUUGAUGACAUUUAAGUUACUAUAUUCUUCAUUCAUUGCAUUUACCUAUACAUAUUCCACAUUUUUGCAUAUUUUUUGUUUCUCCAGUUAUUUCUAUUGCUGGCAUGCAUGUUACAGCAUCACAAUAGUGUUCUAAUCUUUCUUUGACACUUGGUCUGGUUAAACUACUUGGCAUCAAAGUGAUGCAAGUUCUGUCAGUACUUGGGUGGACAGAUGUCAAAUAGUAUAUAGAAACUUUGAAUUGUACUGAAAUUUAGCCUUAUUUUCAAUUAGUGAAACUUACAGAGAGCUGGAUCUUCAGCAAGAGGGGUUGGGGUCAAGCUCCAACUUGUUGCCCGAUGUACAGUAAUUUUUUCAAUGAAGAUUCUACACCUUUACUGCAUCUAGCUCUUGGAAAUAAACCUUUCUUCAUCAGUGAAUAUUCUACACCUUUACUGCAUCUAGAUCCUUUCUUCAUCAGUGAAUAUUCUACACCUUUACUGCAUCUAGCUCUUGGAAAUAAUCCUUUCUUCAUCAGUGAAUAUUCUACACCUUUACUGCAUCUAGCUCUUAGAAAUAAUCCUUUCUUCAUCAGUGAAGGAAUGAGAUCAAAUUCUUUCUUCCCUUAACCUUUCACUAUUGAAAGUCCAUGUACCUAACUGCUCUCUGGCCAUCAAAAAUCCAAUUUAAAUAAGUGAUUAGGAUUUCAUAAAUGUUUUGUUCAAUUAUAUGGAAUGCAGGACACUGCCUGCAUAGCAACUGCUCGCAGCAGUGUGAGGUUGGAACUGGCCAGUAUAGGAGCCAGAAGUAUUUAAAGGCAAUGGUUUUUAACCCAUGAAAAUAUUUAAAAGUAAAUAUCUGAAUAUCAGAAGACCACAGUUUUAUAGUUUAGUGUCACAGAAUUUUCCAUAUUAAUUCUUACUCAGAAUUAUAAAAAUACAUCUGCAUCCUUAUAUAGCAGAAAAUUGGAUAUUUUUGUUAAAACUUCAGUCUUAGUAAAGCAUGUUAGUCUGUAUUAUAACAAUGAACUUCUCUUUUAAAACACUUGCCUCCAUUUUUGUUUUUCUCUUCUGCAAAUGUAACACAUUUUCAUCUUUAUCCUAUUCACUAAAGGAAUGUUAACAAAUAGGUAGGAUUCAAGUGAAUGAUGACAAGUUUUGCACAAUAGAAAUAAAAGAAAAUAUCUUUUAAGUUAGUUUCCGACAAUCUUCAUUUUAAAAGCUUCAAGAAUUUCUCAUGAAAUUGUAUUGAAACACUGUAAAUCUUCCUAUUCAACAUCCUCAUGAUAAAUGCAUACCUGUACUUGUGUAUUCUGUUCAUGUUAUUGUAAAGUCUGGCAUAAUAACACAGUACAAAGUCAAUAUUCCUGUGAGGUGUGCAUGAGAAGAUGGAUUGUUGAGAAUUUUCAUACGUAUAUUAUC